AUGGGCAAUGAUACCAGAUUUCUAGUUGUAAUUUCUGUCCUUGAAGGUCGUGGCUUCCCUAAAAGACCCAAGCAUAAAUUAAUUGUGGAAGCAAAGUUUGAUGGAGAAUUAUUGGCAACAGACCCUGUAGCACAUUCUGAGUCGCCUGACAUCAACCAAGAGCUAGCCUGGGAACUGACAGGAAAAGCUCUGCAGCAGCACCGUCUGCAGAGGAGCACCAUUAAGAUCCAGUGCUAUGCCUGCGAUACAGAAACAACCAUGAAAGAAUCUGUGGGAUAUGUGGUGCUAGAUCUACGAUCUGUCAGUCAAAAUAAACAGGUUGGGAAAUGGUAUCAACUUCUUCACAGUAAAUACAGCAAAACAAAGGCAGAGCUUAGGCUUGCCCUGUACCUGGAUGAAGAUCCGCAAGGUCAGCAGACUGCAUCAGCACCCUUAAGUAGUCCAGAACCAUUAAUCAGUCAAGGACCAGUGGACGUGAAAUCUCUGGUGCCUGUGUUGAAUGAGGCUGAUGGAUAUUACCAAAUUGGUCCAGUGAAAACCUGCUCUGAGCUGUUUGUGUUGUCGGUCACCAUAGCAUAUGCCAACAACCUACCCCAGUUGAUUCCCAGCAGUGUCCCACUGUCCAGUUCCUCCAAUGGCUUUUUCUUCUACUACUCUCUGCUGGGAAAUGAUGUCACAAAUGAACCAUUUUUUGAUCUGGUCAAUCCUAACUUCCCUGCAGAGAGAGCUUCAGUCAAAAUUCGAAGCAGUGUCGAAGCACUUCGUUCAUUUUUCUCACAUCAGCCAGGUUUGCAGGUCCAUCUUUGCUGUGGAGACCAGUCGUUGGGCAGCUGUGACAUACCUCUGGGAGCCCUUCUCAAGUCAGACAGCACACAGAUCUACAUGAGGCCUGUAUCUAUCGAGGGUGCCUUCCAGUUGACCCCUGCCAGUCAGUCCCGGCAGCAGGUUGCAGCAUUGCCCAGUAACAUUCAGCCUUGUGUUGGGGUCUCCGUUGUUCUUCGCAAGGAAGACUUGGCAGUGAAAAGUCCAACUCGAGAUAAUAAGCAGGCGGCUCUCACCACAGAAGCCCCGCCUGACGGUGACAGUCAGACUGUCUCACCUGAACCAGACAAGAAGCCAAAACACAAGUCACGGCAGAAGAAGCAGGAGAUGACAACACUUCGGGAAAAUGGAGCCGGUGAUGUCACUCCACCAGCGCAGAAGCAGCCACCUAGGCCAUCAUCAUCAUCACAACAACAACAAGCACCACAGGAACAUCAAGUUGUUGUCACCAAUCUCCUUGACAACCAUUUCAGAGUUCCAGAGAAUGUUGCGUUUCCACCUCAAGCUCACCACUUUACGUUCAGCAUUGAUCUGCGCAGUAUUCGGGACAACCACUCCACGAACACCAUCAACGUUUUUCUGAGAUAUGUGUACCCAUUUUUUGGGAGUGCUGCUCCAAUCCUUACGCACCCACCAGUGGAAAUCCGAAAAGGUUCCGAGGUCCUGCUUCCGCAGUCAUUUUGUGCCUUUGACUUUGCUUGUAGCAUGCAUCAACUGCAAGAAACAUUCACGAGAGUUCCACUUGUUGUUGAGGUAUGGCACAGGGACAAACAGCUCUCCCAGAACAUCCUGAUCGGAACAGCUAGACUGCCACUAAGUUUGAUCAUGUCUGCCGAUAGAACUCGUAUAAUGAACUCAUCAGGUGUGGCAGGCUGGAGACAAGAGGCAUCAGACAGAGUCCCUGUUGUGUCAGCUGAUGGAAAGCUGGACAAAUGUGCAGAAAUAAGUCUGGUUCUGAGCCUGGAGGAUUGGGGUCCUAUAGCAACAGCUCCGACCAUACAGCAGAAUUCUGGUGCUUCUGGUAACCAGGUGGCCCCGUUCCGGACCGCAUCCUCAAGUGGUGGUGACGGUGCUGCUGCUAGCAGUCCCCGCAGCUCAGCAGAGUACCAGGCAGCUGUGGAGUUGGAACUGUGGAAGGAGAACCAGGAGAAAGAGUUUGAGCGACAGAUGAAACAGAAGGAGGCUGCGUACAUGAAAGCUUUGGCAGACGAGUGGAAGAAGAGGGACACAGAGAGGGAAAUUCUCACACAGAAGAAACUGACAGAGUACAAGCAGAUGGAAGAUCAGUUGAGAGCAACUUUGACAGAUCUGGAGAGACGCGAGAAAAAACUGGCAAUCAGUGAGCAUGAGGUGAUGAAACUAAGGUCAGAUCUGCAGCGGGAACAUGACCGCAAACUGCAGGAGAUGAAGGAAGCAUCCAGAAGAAUGAAAGAAGACUGCGACCACCAGGUGGAGUUGCAGAA